ACCGGCACAGCCACCGUGCCCCUCCUGCCGCCGUGCACCAUGGCCCCCGCGCUCCUGGCGCCGCUGGCCCUGGGGCUGUUGGCGGUCUCCUGCUGCGCGGCCCCGCUGCAGAGCAAGCCGCGGGCGGUGGUCACCUUCCCGGGGGAGCUGCUCAGCGGCUCCUCCGACCUGGAGCUGGCGGAGAGCUACCUGCUGCGGUUCGGCUACACCACGGCGGCGGAGGCGCGCACGGGCACCAGGAGCGUGUCCCUGGGCAAGGCGCUGCGCCAGAUGCAGGAGAAGCUGGGCCUGGAGCAGACGGGGGAGCUGGACGCCGCCACGCUGGAGGCCAUGCGAGCCCCUCGCUGUGGUGUCCCCGACGUCGGAACCUUCCUCACCUUUGAGGGGGACCUCAAGUGGGACCACAUGGACCUGACGUACCGGGUGAUGAAUUACUCCCCUGACCUGGACCGUGCCGUGAUCGAUGAUGCCUUCAAGAGGGCGUUCAAAGUGUGGAGCGAUGUGACCCCUCUCACCUUCACCCAGAUAUACAGUGGCGAGGCGGACAUCAUGAUCAUGUUCGGCAGCCAAGAGCAUGGAGACGGGUACCCCUUCGAUGGCAAGGACGGGCUCUUGGCUCAUGCCUUUCCCCCUGGCCGUGGCAUCCAGGGCGAUGCCCACUUUGAUGACGAUGAGCUCUGGACGCUGGGAACAGGCUUAGUGGUGAAGACCCGCCACGGGAACGCCAAUGGGGCCGACUGCCACUUCCCCUUCAUGUUCGAGGGCCGCUCCUACUCCCGGUGCAUCACGGAGGGGCGCACGGACGGGCUGCCCUGGUGUGCCACCACGGCCAGCUACGACCGCGACAAGAAAUACGGCUUCUGCCCCAGCGAGCUCCUCUACACCAACGGCGGCAACAGCGACGGGGCUCCCUGCGUCUUCCCCUUUGUCUUUGACGGCACCUCCUACAACGCCUGCACCACGGAUGGGCGCUCCGACGGCUACCGCUGGUGUGCCACCACCAGCAGCUUCGACCAGGACAAGAAAUACGGCUUCUGCCCCAACCGAGACACGGCAGUGAUCGGCGGCAACUCCCAGGGGGACCCGUGUGUGUUCCCCUUCACCUUCCUGGGGCAGUCCUACAGCGCCUGCACCAGCCAGGGCCGGCAGGACGGCAAGCUCUGGUGUGCCACCACCAGCAACUACGACACCGACAAGAAGUGGGGCUUCUGCCCUGACAGAGGUUACAGCAUCUUCCUGGUGGCUGCUCAUGAGUUUGGGCACUCGCUGGGGCUGGACCACUCCAGCGUGCGUGAGGCCCUGAUGUACCCCAUGUACAGCUACGUCCAGGACUUCCAGCUGGACCCGGAUGAUGUCCGGGGCAUCCAGUACCUCUAUGGUCAUGGCUCUGGCCCUGAGCCCACUGCCCCUGUGCCCACACCCACUGAGGAGCCCCAGCCCCUGCCCACGGAGGCUGGCAGCACCUCCACCACUGAGGAGGAAGAGGAGGAGACACCGGAGCCCACGGCUGAGCCCAUUCCUGUGGACCCCAGCCAAGAUGCUUGUGUGGAGAAGAACUUCGAUGCUAUCACAGAGAUCAAUGGGGAGCUGCAUUUCUUCAAGGAUGGGAAAUACUGGACCCUCUCAUCCUUCUGGGAUUCGGGCAUCCAGGGCGCCUUCUCUGUUGCGGAUGUGUGGCCGGGCCUUCCAGCUGUCAUCGAUGCUGCUUUCCAGGAUGUGCUCACCAAGAGGGUCUUUUUCUUCUCCGGUCGGCAGUUCUGGGUGUUCUCUGGAAAAAGCGUGCUGGGCCCCCGGGGCAUUGAGAAGCUGGGCAUCGGCAAGGAAGCCGGGCGCAUCUCGGGGGCCCUGCAGCGGGGCCGUGGCAAAGUGCUGCUCUUCAGCGGGGAGAGCUACUGGAGGCUGGACGUGAAGGUGCAGAGGGUGGACAAGGGCUACCCCCGUGCCACUGAUGACGUCUUCACUGGCGUUCCCCUUGAUGCACGGAACGUCUUCCUCUACCAAGACAAGUACUACUUCUGCCGUGGCAGCUUCUACUGGAGGAUGACGCCGCACUACCAGGUGGACCGGGUGGGCUACGUCAAGUAUGAUAUCCUGCAGUGCCCCCAGCACUGAGGACCUGACCGGACGCCUGUGGCCGGUGUGCUGCUCCCUGCCCACCGCUCUCAACUUGCAGCCUCAUCCCUGGGGCAUGGGGGGCAGUGCAGCCCAUGGGGCAGCCCCAGCUGAGGUGGGGGCUCUGCUAUUGCCCAGCACGAGGAGGCUGGGAGUCCUGGGGUUGCCCCUCGGGAGCUGCCUGGCCAGGGGAGCCCCAGCUGGGGAGCAGGACUCUCGUUGUGCCAGCCCUGCCAGUGCCUACAGGGGUGUUUGCCUGGUGCAAAGUACGCACGGAUUUCCAUGACUUUUUCUUCCUGAGCCAGCUGGGCUGGGAUCCACUGGGAGCUGGCGCCCAGGAACUCGGCCAGGGCAGGGCUGGGGGCUCUGCUCCGCUCCUGCCCGCUCUGCCCACCUCCAUCUGCCUGUUUUUAAUAAAGCCAAUCCUUUGGA